CUUUGCUGCAUCAGGAGCUAGAGCUGUCUGCUAUCCAAGCUAGCCAUAACACUGAGAUUGUUCUUGACUUGUACACAAUUUCUUGGAAGAGCGUCCAGAGGAGAUCUCGAGACCGAGCCCCAAUUUUACCCGGCAAAAUGGAGUUCCAAGGGCAGCGCGACAACCCCGCCAACCGCGUCGACGAGCACGGCAACCCGUUCCCGCUGGCCGGGCAUGACGCCAUGGGUGGAGCACACGCUGCUCCCGGCCCCGGUGGGCAGUUCCAGGCCAACCGGGAGGAGCACAAGACCCGCGGCAUCCUGCAUCGCUCCGGCAGCUCCUCCAGCUCAAGCUCCUCUUCUGAGGACGACGGCAUGGGCGGGAGGAGGAAGAAAGGCAUGAAGGAGAAGAUCAAGGAGAAGCUUCCCGGCGGCCACAAGGACAACCAGCAGCACAUGGCCGCGGGAACUGGCACCGGAGCCUACGGGCAGCACACGGCUGCGGGAACUGAUGCCUACGGGCAGCAAGGGCACGCGGGAAUGACCGGCGCCGGCACCGGCACAGGCGAGAAGAAAGGACUCAUGGACAAGAUCAAGGAGAAGCUGCCCGGACAGCACUGAGCAGCUAGCUCCGACAACGCCUCAAGAGUCUCUGCCUGUUCAAGAUCCACGUGGUGUUUGUUCAAUAAUAAUCGGAUAAGGCUGAACGAGAAAAUAUCUCUGAUCGUUCGUAGCAGAGACCACCUUUUACCCUUCACGGUGUGCGUGUUUGUUGUGCGUGUGUAUUCCGUGGCUUCAUGUGUUUAAUCAAUAAUAAGAGCACAACCGUAUUUGUUUUUUAAA